UACCAGCACGAGAGGGAUCUGACUGAGGGAGGGCAGGGAUCAGUCAGUUUGGCCUGCGUUAGGGCUACUGGUAAAAUAGUCGUCAUCAAGCGUCUGAAGCUCGCUCCCAAUACUGACCUAAGAACCGUCCCUGAACUCAUUAUGCUCGACCGUGUACAGAAAAUUGGUCCCCACCCAAACAUAGUUCAGUAUCUUCAAGUCUGGAAUACCCCUGCUGCUCCUGGUGAGUGCCCUACUAGCAGAAUCAUCCUUCCUUAUAUCGUUGGUGGCGACCUUAGUAACUUCAAAAAACAGUUUGUGAAAAUGACGUGCAAGGUUCCUGAAGCUUUCAUCUUCCACGCUUCCAAACAAAUGGUUGCUGGCUUUAGCUUUCUUCACGAGAAUGGCAUCUCUCACCGCGACAUCAAGCCUCAGAACAUCAUGGUUGAUCCUGUUAACUUUGGAGAUCCGGCUCUUUUUCCCAAUCUCAAGAUCAUUGAUUUUGGCAUUGCUGCUGAGACUACUUUGGACCACGAGACUUUUGACGGAACCCCAAAAUAUCAACCUCCAGAGGCUCCCAUCGCUGGUGCGAAAGCUGAUGUCUUUGCCAUUGGUGCUAUCAUUCAC